UGGGAGUCAAAAUUAUUUCGCAGUACAGGAGUGAGUGUCUCUCUCUGUAUCUCGCUUCACACUGCUAAGCUGGCAAGAUGGCGUCUGAACCGAACAAGACUGAAAUUCUUACAGUUUUUAAAAGACUUCGCUCGAUUUCCACCAACAAGGCCUGUUUUGACUGCGCUGCUAAGAACCCAAGCUGGGCGAGUAUUUCUCACGGGGUUUUCCUUUGCAUCGACUGCUCAGGGAUUCAUCGUUCUCUGGGCGUCCACCUGAGCUUCAUUAGAUCCACCGAGUUGGACUCCAACUGGAGCUGGUUUCAGCUGAGAUGUAUGCAGGUUGGAGGAAAUGGCAAUGCGAUGGCUUUUUUCCGUCAGCAUGGCUGCACUACCAACGACACCAAUGCAAAAUACAACAGCCGUGCAGCGCAGAUGUACCGGGAGAAGAUCAGACAGCUAGCCAAUGCAGCACUGUCUAAAUAUGGCACUGAUCUCUGGAUCGAUAAUUCAGGAAAUACUUCAACCCCAGCGCAAGAGAAGAAAGAAGCAGACUUCUUUGAUGAGCACACUCAGGCUGGCAGCAGUUGGGACAUGGCCUCUCCUUCCCUCUCGGAGCAGAAUGGAACAGUUCUUGUUACUCCUCAGCUGGAGCAGGACAACCCCAACGUGUCAGAGUCUGUCCCCACUCAACUGGAUGAAGGACCCAGCAUUGAGGGACUGAACACGGAAGCAAAAGCCACUAUGGACGACUCGAUGAGAUUGGCGUCUGACGAGCCACAGCCUCUUAAAGAAGUGAGACCUUCCAUUAUCGGAAAAAAGAAACCGGUUGCUGCAAAGAAAGGGCUCGGGGCUAAGAAGGGUCUCGGGGCCCAGAAAGUGAGCAGCAAAAGCUUCAACGAGGUCGAGAAGCAAGCACAAGUGGCAGAGAAGCUGAGAGAGGAACAGGCUGCCGAGGCUAAGAAACAGGUCGAGGAGUCAAUUGUGGCUUCAAUGCGCCUUGCCUACAAAGAGCUGGAGAUCGACAGGAAGCUGGAAGAGAAGAGGCUGCAGAACCUGGAGGGAAAGAAGAGGGAGCAGGCUGAGAGGCUCGGUAUGGGCUUAGGAACCAGGAGUGUUGUGUCACACUCUGUGAUGUCAGAAAUGCAGGUGAUUGAGCAGGAGACCCCUGUGAACUCAAAGUCCUCCUCUCGCUCCAGACUAGACAUGUUUGAUGAGCCUGGGUUUACCUCUGGACCACCAAAGUAUAAAGACAACCCGUUCACUACAGGAGACAGCUUUGGCUCACGGUGGGAUACUGAUUCAAGCUCCGCCUCCUUCUCUUCCGCCUGGGCUCUCGAGAAGGAGGAGCCCAAAGAGACUGAAGUCACCAUCUCCAGCAUCCAGCCAAUCGGAGAAAGGUUGCCCAGCAGAAGGAAGCCGGAAGCUUCCGUGGCCCUGGCAGAAUCCAGCGAGGCACGGCAGAAGUUUGCAAAUGCUAAAGCGAUCUCAUCUGACAUGUUCUUCGGCCGUGAGGGCAAUGCUGAGUAUGAAGCCAAGGCUCGUUUGGAGACCAUGUCCAGCAGCACAUCUAUUAGCUCUGCUGAUCUGUUCGGGGACGGAAGCAGCCGCUCAUCAGCUGGAUCAGGAUUCGAGAGUGUGCUUCCCUCUGGGCCAGACAUGGCGCAGUUUAAGCAAGGUGUGAAGACCGUUGCUGGAAAGAUGGCCGUGCUGGCAAACGGGGUUAUGAACACCAUUCAGGACCGUUAUGGCUCUUACUGACAGAACUGUAUGAAUCGAACAGGAAAGGAAAUGACAUCAAACAGGACAUACCACACUGCUGACCGGAUCUGGUUUUGUUUUUUUCCCUCUAAUGCAUUGUACCUGAAGCACAGAUGGAGAAAAUACAGAAACAACAAGAAAAAGAGGAGACGGCAGAAAGCAGGACCUCCUUCUCCCAGUCUGCCUACAGGCCUUUGUAGAUUCUCUAUCUCUCUCUCUCUCUCACACACACACACACACACACACAGACAGUAUUUCAGUUUCUUUCUUUCUUUUUUGAUUAUUAUUAUUAUUUUUUUUUAAAUUCCAGUAACAAGUCCACAAAGAUGUAGAGAGUGUGUUUUUCAGAACCGCAGUGCUUUCUGUUAAAAUAACCAUGCUGGCUUUUUUUAUGCCAUAUUACCGGUCUGAGAUUUCAUAGAAUUGAUUUGUGUUAUCUAUGAAAUAUGUAUAACCAAACUUAUCCUUAGCUCUUCAAUGUUUUCAUAGCUUUUUUUUUUUUUUUUUUGUAUUUAAGUGGUAUUAUAUUCUUCAUGAGUGUGUGCAUUCAUGAUUAGUACAUUCAGCUCCCUUAGAAAGGGAAUCGAGAUGGUUAUGUUUUAAGUUCAUUUGGAAAUGCGUGCGGUCCAGUGAGUGGAAAUGGAUAUUGCCUUUUUCCGAAUGAGCGAGGUAGCUUUAGAUGUUCACGAUCUUCCAAUUUGAAAUGUCUGGAAUGUUUAAUUCGACAAAGAGCGAGCUGAUGUGCAAUACGUAACCCUCCUCUGUGAAGUCGGACACAUCAGAUUUUCUUGUCUGAAAACCAUUUUGAAAAGCGUUGUGGUUUUGUGAAUUCUCCAAGCAUGCUCAUUAAGGCCUGUGAUCGUAAAACCUCACACCAAACCUCGUUAUACUUUAAAGCUGCAGACGGAGCAGAGUAAAUCUGACAGAUUACGUCAACGCAGGAAUAAGAUUCACAGACAAGAUGAAGCGUCUGCAGCUGCUUACAUAUGCAUCAGUUCUUAAACUGGUGUGAAUUUUAAGUUGUUAAAUAGGAUUAAAGGGUGAACUGAUUCUGACAAAUCCUUGUGUGAUUUUCCUGCUAGAUGCAAACUGUCCCCCCCCCUUUUGGAUUGAAACAUGAUUGUGAUAAACCAGGAGCUUUCUGUGUGCUCUUGAGAAAAACCCUCAACGUCCAUUCUUGAAAUUUGUUUGCCUGUCCCUUUGUGUGAAAUAAAAAUAAAUAAAUAAAGGACGUUAAUUUGACUUCACCUGAAAACAGGUGUUUAUUGUAGAUCAGUGGAAAAAAUAAGUUUUAUGUAAAUAAAAGCUGACCUCCAAAAUGCAA